GACGCAAUGCGAUGCAGCCGCUUCUCCUCUUGAUAUAAAAUUUCGGAGGCGCUAGAUAGAACAUAAUCUAACCACCCACAGAAGAGAGGAGCGGCCAGGAAAAGAACGCGACAAAGAUGGCAUCUGCCCACAAGUACCUCCUUAUUUUUGACUUUGAUGAGACAAUUGUCAAUGAGAACAGUGAUGAUUCAGUGUCUCGGGUUGCGCCUGAUGAGGAGAUUCCUGACUGGUUACGAGAAACCUUCCAAGAUGGCUUUUAUAACGAGUACAUGCAGAGAGUACUUAAAUAUCUUGGAGAUAAUGGAGUGAGGGCAACUGACCUUAAAGCUGUGUAUGAAAAAAUCCCUUUAUCACCUGGAAUGCCUGCUCUUUUCCGUUUCCUAGCCAAGAACCAGGAUCGGUUUGAGAUCAUCCUUAUUUCUGAUGCUAAUAUGUUUGGCAUUGAGAGCAAUUUAAAAAGGUACGGCUACGAUUCUUUCUUCCGCAGGGUUAUUAGCAACCCUACCAGCGUGGAAAAGAAUGGUUGCCUGUCUAUAGGCCCUUAUCAUUCUCAUAGUUGUCUUCAAUGCCCGAAAAACAUGUGCAAGAGGAAGAUAGUGUCUGAGUACCUCAAUGAACGAUCCCAAGAAAGAGUAAAGUUUGAGAGCCUUUUAUAUGUUGGUGAUGGGGCCAAUGAUUUUUGCCCAACUGUUAUAUUUAGUUCCACCGACGUUGCUUUCCCUCGAAAGAGUUAUCCUAUGCACAAACUCAUCAGAAAGACGGAAGAAAAACAGAAAGGAUCCUUUAAAGCUAAAGUAGUACCAUGGGAAUCAGCUGAAGUGAUUGCACAAUAUCUACAGGCACUUCUGAACAAGUCCUAAAAAGAAUGACAAUAUUUAACAUUAGAACAAGGACUCUGAGCACUGUCAUGUAUCUCUGUGUCUAUGGUCUGGCCUACUAUGCAGUUAUGUCAACUUCCAGCAACCCUUCCAUAAAGUUGUUGAGUUGUCCCUUACAUGCCAGUCUUCAAAUAUGCCAAUGUCUUCUCAAGGUACUAUGGACUGCACUUAUCAGUAGAGACACUUAUAUAUUACUAUGUACACUCUUCUUAUUGAAGAACUUAGACCAUUAACUGUUUAACUUCUUAAAAAGCAUGGAGAUGCGUUUUUUUUAUAUACCUCUCAAAUCUAUACAAGAAACAUGUUCAGACUUAGUGCACAGAAGGGGAAUAUCAAAGGUUCUGUUGUAUUCUGGUGGUUACUUAGAAAAAUAGCUUGAGCAAUUGAUUUGCAUACACAACUCCUGAAAUCAUUUAGUGUGAGGUUCUUCCAUUGGUCAGUGAGGCCAUCAUCUAUGACAGGAUCAUACAGUUAGCAUAGGGUAGUCAAAUUUGGAUUUAGUACCAAGUAGUAGGAGUAGAUUAUGCUUUACCCUCUUUGUAAAGUUUAAAUUUGUCUUCCGGGAUCAAAAAAAUGUUUUUAAAUAAGUUUACUCACUCUUAAUAGCCGAUUCAAGGUCCCCACAUAUGUUUUUUUGUAUUUUCUCCUCUUCUACAGGGCUUCGACGGUCCCCCACUCAUUGUUGACAUCGAUGUUUAUGUUUGCACUAACUUCCUGCCGCACUGCCCUGUGGAUCCCAGCGCAGCAUCGCCGCGUGUUUUCUGAUGAAUAGCAAUCCACCGUGCAUCCGCCCCCUCAUUCAUAUUCCGCUUCCUGCCGCACAUCGUUACCUCCUCCGUGCAUCC